AGUGACUCGUCAACUUCAAUGGCGCUCAUUAUCUUUUACCAGUUCGGAGAAUGAUUGCGAGCGGUGUCUCCCAGCACUGCAAUUUUUGCACUUAAGGUCCUUCGGUAAAUGACCUGAAACGCCAGACUUCAGGUGUCGCGAUGCAGUGUCUCAUCCUUCUCGUCAUUUUCCCGAUUCAGAUUUUGGCACUCGAUUCUUCCACGGCAACCACUGCUGCAGGCUCAACAACGACGGGACCUUUUACUGAUGAAAAAUCAAUUCUGAACCAACAAAAUAACUGCUCUGCGAAGAAUUACGCGAAAGUGUUUGAAUGCUGUGCGAAUCCACCAACUUCACUGGUUUUAUUUAAUCGUUUCGAGAAUUACUAUUAUUGCAAGAUUACAAAAGAAGAUCUCCACGCGUUUAACGUUUUCUCACUGAACAAGCAGCAGCAUUUUUCUAACUCGCCGGCCAACUCAAUCGCGUUUCAAAGUAAAAAGGUCAAAACGGCCUUAGGCAGGCAUGCUUGCUUCGUCAACUGCUACUUGAUGCAGAAAGGAUCCAUGUCACCGGACUUAACAAUUAACCAGACAGCAUUGACCGAUUUUCUAAUCGCCGCGCAAACUGACGAAUUUUGGAAAUCAACCAUCUCAGCUGCGAUAGCUGAAUGCAUUUCCGUUGUGAAGGGUCUGGCCAUUCCUGAUUUUGUUAUAGUGAGAUCAAGUUGCUCUGGCAAGGCUUUUGUUAUUGUGCAGUGCGUCCUCUUUAAAAUGAUAACCAAAUGCCCUAAGAGAGUUGAAAGCAUAUCGUGCACAAAAACGUACAGUCUAUUUGACAGGUGCUCUGCAAACGUCUUUGCUAAACCAUGAACAAAUAAUACAAAAGUCCAGGAUGAUAAAAAGUAAAAAAAGGACUGAAAAUAUGCUAGAGGAGAUCAACAAAUAUAAAAUGCGCAUGAAGAUAAAAAUAAUUAAAAACAGAGAAGCUGCACAGAUUUGAAGAGUUGUAUUCAAUUCUAUUCUAAUUACUGAAAAAUAAAUAAUGCACAUUAAAAC